ACAACAUUGGCGUUCCAACACUCCCCCACACCACCUCUGCAAUUAUUUUUAUCCACCCGUUUGCAUCAGACUAUUUCCCUUACAAUAAAUUUAUUUAGGUUGAACUAUUUUUGGUGAAUUUUUUUUGUCAAUAGAUAAUAUGCGUGGUGGGGGAGAGUGGUAGAGGUGGAGGGUGUUGGUGGCUGAAAAUCACCGAGGGAACACACAGUGUUGAACGUUGGCGGGCAUGGCGGAGGUGGUGGUCGGGGCCAGUGUGUCAACGGUCUCCAGGAAUGUGUCUGUGAGGCCCAAGGAUAAGCUACACGGCUCCCCGAGCACCGGCAGCGAUGAGGGACACGAUGUUGGCUUUGGCGAUGAUUUUGACCCCUUCCAUGAUGACCCCGACGAACCGGACGAAGUGGACAGCUCACUGUCCGCACCCCCCGAGGAGAGUUGGUACCAUGGACGUCUGGACAGGGCCCAGAGCGAGGAACGACUCCGUCUGUUCGGGAAGCUUGGGAGCUACCUGGUGCGGGAGUCCGACCGCCGCCCGGGGUCCUAUGUCCUGUCCUAUCUGGGUCGCUCAGGAGUCUCCCACUUCAAGAUCACUGCGGUGUGUGGAGACUUCUACAUUGGGGGUCGGCAGUUUAAUGCCCUGAGCGACCUGGUUGGCUACUACACGAGCAUGUCAGAUUUGCUCAAGCGUGAGCGCCUGGUUCACCCUGUACCGCCCCCGGAACCUGUCAACGAUCUUCGGAAAGUUGUGGCCAUUCUUCCCUACACAAAGAUGGCUGAUACAGAUGAACUAUCGUUUCAGAAAGGGGACAUCUUCUUUGUUCACAAUGAGCUGAGUGAUGGAUGGUUAUGGGUGACUGCACAUCGUACUGGAGAACAAGGGACCAUAUUUUCAGACCUGGUGGAGACCUUGGAUGAUGAUAUUGACCCAAACAUUGUCUUCUCAUGGUUCCACCCGGAUAUUACCAAGAGUGAUGCCAUAGACCUUUUAAUUAAAGCUGGUCAAGGCAGCUUCCUGGUUCGUCCAAGUGACAACUCCCCAGGGGACUACACCCUUUUCUUUCUUACUAAUAACAUAAUUCAGAGGUUCAGAAUAGAGAAAAGAGGAGUCAAGUACCUGAUGGGUGGGAGAACAUUUUCCUGCCUAGAUGCCGUCAUCCACAGAUACAAAACUGAACAGAUUUUAGAGGGUCAUACGUUAGGGAGCCCAGUGUGUAAGCAACUUAGCUCAGGAGAGCGGCUGGGUCUGCCUAUCGUGCCAGUGAAGGAAGUUGAACAGCCUGAGAAGAUUUAUGCUACCCUUAAUGAGAUCAGAGAAAAACUGGGAGUCACUAAAUUCAAAGGAAUCCAGAAACAAGGAUGGCUGUACAAGAAAAGCAAGAAAAAUAAAAAAUGGAAAUGUUUGUAUUUCGUCCUGACUGAUAUUUUGUAUUACUAUGACAACCCAAAGCGUACGAAACCCAGAGGCCUCAUUGACUUGAACUGUUCAUACCUCUAUCAAGUCCAUGACAGUUUCUUUGAACGGCCAAAUUGCUUCCAACUAGUGGAGAGGGAGCUGCCCUGCCUGGCCACAGUGACCUACCUAUGCUCAGACUCUCAGGAAAUGACCAACGACUGGAUGGCUGUGUUGCGACCGCUGUGUGUACCACAAAUGGUUGGAGCACCCAAGCUGCAGACACUCAAAUUCAUGAAAUCGCUUCAUCUCACAAUUAUGCAGGCUACCAGAUUACCCUCUAAGAUAGUUCCCAGCCCAUACUGCCUUGUCUCUCUUAACCAGUUUUUUAUGUAUCAGGUAAAAGUUUGUCGAACCAGACCAAAACCGGGACCAGAUCCAGUGUGGGACGAAGAGUUUAUUUUGGACGACAUUCCUCCUGACGUCAUCAUGUUUACAAUUACUGUAUAUAACCACGGCAAGCGUAGCAAAGACUCUGAGGUUGCGGAGGUCAUGGUGGAACUGAACACACUACAAAAUGGUGAAGAAGUGGAGGAGUGGCAUCCAUUAACUGGCAUCACUCCUGUAGGGGACUGGGGGGCUGUCAGACUUAGAUACAGGUACUUCCAUGACCUGAUAAUGCCAUGUGAAGAAUACAACAGUUUGAAGGAACUGUUGCUGGACCCAAGCCUAGAAGCUGUGCAGGCCCUGGCUGAUGUCUCACAUAGGGACCGCAAUCCUCUUGCUACCUCUCUACUUCGUAUAUUUAGGAAUGAGUGUCGGGAGCAUGACCUACUCCAGCGACUAACUGAGCACGAGAUUGAGCGAGAGCAUGAGACUAGUACUUUGUUCCGUGCUGCCUCCCUUACCACCACGCUGCUUGAUCUGUACAUGAAGUCUACCUGCACAGAGUUCCUCACUGAAGCCAUAUCUGAUACCAUCCACCGCAUCCUUGAGUCCAAACAGUCAUGUGAGCUCAAUCCAACAAAAAUGGACAACCCAAUGGAUGCGUGUGCAAAUGCAGAAUUUCUCCUGAAAGUUCUUGAUGACAUCACACAAAGCAUCUUUGCCUCAGCUGCUGCCUGCCCCAUGCCUUUAAGAUACAUCUGUGGGUGUCUACAACGUAAAGUAAUUGAGAAGUGGCCACAGGACCGUCUAGUGAAAACGAGAGUUGUAUCGGGCUUUAUUUUCCUACGCUUGAUAUGUCCGGCCAUCUUAAAUCCCAGACAGUUUAAUCUUUUACAAGAACCACCUCACCCUAUGGCAUCACGCUCACUGAUCAUGAUAGCCAAGUGCCUACAGAACCUGGCCAAUUUGGUGGAGUUUGGUGGCAAGGAACCCUACAUGGAGGUGGUCAACCCUUUCAUACUCAAGAACAAGGAACGCAUGAUUACCUAUCUUGACACGUUAUCUAGUGUUGGGGAGCGGCCAGAGAUUGAGGAACUGCCUGUGAAGAGUGAGCCCUCACGAGACCUGGCUCAGUUGCACCACAUAUGUGUAACGCAUAUAGAUGUCUUGACUACCAAGGCCAAGACACAGUUAACAUUGAAAAAAUUAGUCACUGUGACAGAUAUGCUAAAGAAACACAAAGAAAAGUACCAAGAGAUGAUGAGGUGAUGUCGGCCCCUUCCUGGCCCUGUGGACUGUUAGUGCACCCAAAAUGCCUGGGUUUGCCCUGGUGGUAUCAGCCUACUUUUGGCCUUGUGGUGUCGGUCCAGCCAUGUGCUUGGGCUACUAGAAGUAUAGUGACCCAGACAAAUGUCAGUGCACCCAAGUGCCCAAUGUUCCCAACACAAAGGCUGGUCCUGGGUGUACAGCACAGUGUCGGCAAAACAAGAUACCCAGGAUAGAUAUGGACUCUUCAGUGAAAGCGCCAGGAUCCUGUGGUAUAGGAGCUAGACCUUCUGAAAUUUGUAUCUGUGACCUAUCAAUAAGUAAAUGGUGUGAGUGUUGAGAGACAUGAUGAACUCCUUCACUGGCUGAUGACAACUAUGCACAAAGUGUUGGUGAUAACUGGUAAUAAUCCCACUUUAAAGUGUGGUGUGUAGCAGCAGUGGGUGGUAUACACAGACCUGCACCUGGUGGAGUGGAGACUUGCCAAUUUAGUGCAGCUCAUACUCGGUAGACAGAACUUCACCCAUGACUUACACCACAAUGAUCUCACAAGUGGCCACCAGUUGGCAGCGCUUCUGGACUUUCCUCUGUUGCACCCAGAGGAACACUGUGCAAGCCAAAUUGUUUUUAAGAUUUAACUUGCAUGUGGUAUAAACAUCAUUUGAUUCUUACACUAUUGAUUGUAUGGUGAGGAUAUAUAUUUGAAUUUGUUCUAUUGAUCAAUAUGUUUGUGCAAAUAUGAUCAGAUACUUAACUCUAUUUGGAAAGAAUAUCUUUAAAAAUAUAAAUUGAGGUAGCUAGAGAGUGUAAGGCUGAACUUCAUGUGUGAUAUGAUGGCAUUAUGGAAGCUCAAGAUGGCAACAACUGUGGCUAAAGUACCAUUGAUGGCUGCCAAAGGUGCUUUGCCAGUUACAUGUGGUGGCUGGAUGCCAAUAUUAGGUGUUAAGCAUUAUAAAGCAUCUAGUUUGAGAGUUUAGCCCUUGGGAAUUGAAUAAUAUGGCUGUAAAUGAAAUAAAUUUUCAGGUCUAGCUUGCAAUUGUGCUGUGAUGGUGCUAACGGGCUAGUUGGGCUCUUCCAUUCUGUCAUUCCCCCAUUAGAUGCCAUAAGAGAGAGGUGCCAUGUAUUUCUGUAUUGCAUGCAACUGCAUUGGUGCAACAAGCGUGAGUGUGGCAGUGUGACUACUCUGGUUGUAGAGUGUCCUCAUGCUAGUGAAUAUAUAUUUGUUUAAGAAUGCUCUGUCUAGUCUGUGCCAGGAGUCAUCAAGGAUGUGUCUUGGUAACACAUCCCAGCUUCUUCACUCUUCACAGCUUGCUCUUCUCACAAUGGACAGAUUUAAAUAGAGAACCUGGAUUAUUGAGGCAUUUGUUUUCAUCAUGUCAGUAAGGUGACUGGGAUGUGCAAGAGUCCUUGGGUGGUUGAUGGCAUUAAAAGAGCAGUUUAUGUAAUAGACUGUGAAAAGAGGAUGAAGGACCAAGUCCACAAUAUAUGGAGUUCUUGAACUUUACAUUUGCAAGAUUUUGGAUUACCUUUUUCUCAUUUGAACAAAUAACAUGAAAUCUGAUGAUUUUUUCAGUAUUAUGUUAUUGUUCUUCAGUUUAUUUAUGUUAAACAGAACAUGCUUUUGUCUUUCUCAGUAAAUACCUUUGAGCAGAGGUAAGCAGUGGUUGGCUGAAUCAGUGUCACCUACUCAGACUACUACUGCAAUUGGUGUAAGAUUUAAUGCCUGUUAAUUUUGUGUGAUUUUUGCUGCAAAGCAAAACCUACUACAUUGAUUUUUAAACUUCAUAAUAAUUCAAAAUCUACUAUCAUACCUCUUUUAAUGGAGCCUCUGCCAACGGAAUUUUGUUUAAUGGACAGGAAAAAUUAAUCAUUUAAUAAGUACUGUAGAGGUAUACAGUACAGUACUGUAAUAGUAAUUAUAGUUCUAUUCAAGAAAAAUCAAACAUUAGUAAAAAGAACCCACGAUACAGUCUGCUGUCGUCUUUGUUGCUUACAUUCUCUAAGCCGAUUGGCAAUCAUCUCAAAACGUAAACAGUAGCCCGCCAAGAGUCUUGUCCGUUGCAUCGCGGUAGGUCUCUUCACAUUUUCACUAUCUCCAUGUGUUUUGUGAACAUUUUAUGCCCAUUAUGUCCGGGAAACCACCUGCAAGUGCAUGUGUUGGUAAACCAGCCAAGGUGCUCGGGAAAGUCAUUACUAUGGACGUGAAAAUGGAAGUGAUAUAAAGAGUUCAGGCAAGCAAGCAUCAGGUUGGAGGAAUGGGAGCAAGGCAGAGGUGGUAAACCACACAUCAAGCUUCGUUGAAAUUAACUGGUGAGUGUUAAUUAUUAAAUUUAGUUUCAUUUCUUUGGAAUGUAAACGUUAAGUAGUGUCACUCGUGAUGGCCAUUUUUGUUUUAUUAUCGUUGUGCUAGAGUGGUUUGCUUGUCGCUUAAUCUUUACUUUUCAUACGGCAACGGUGGUGAAAAAUCACUUGUAUUUCUAAAUAACGGCAACUUUUUUCUAGUGUUUAUGACCUAUUUUGGAACAUGUAAUCAUUAUUUAGUCAUUCUUGAUGAAAGUGUUCGUAUAUAAAAGGAGUUAUUUAUCAUUUCGACUAAUUUUGCUAUUCGCAAGAACACAUCUCCACGGAUAUUUCACUUAGCGGACCAGCCUCAAGAAGUAUCUCGUCUGUUGUAAGAGGUAUGAUAGUACGGUAUUUAGAUUAACUCGUAUUUUGGACAAGGAAAUCAAGCGACCAGCCAUGGACAAAUUUUUUCAUUAUAUUAUAUUAUGUUUAAAAUUUUAUUAAUACUUGUUACUUUAUAAUUUUUGCAAAUAAAUAAUAGACUAAGUUUAUGAUUUGUGGCAUGGAUUGUGUAGGUUAUAACAGUUUUGAAGAUAUAUCAGUAUAGUCAGGUUUAUUGGAAAUGUUGGUCAAUGCCCCAAAUUAUAUAUUGUCUAAAUAGUUUAAAGGUUACUCCUCAAAGCCUUGAUAAUGGAGAAUACCUCUGACAGUGUUCAAAAGUGUCAUGUUUGGGACCUCAAGUUUGUUGGGAGGGAAGAAUACCUAUGUGAUGUGAUUGAGAAUCUAUUGGGGCAUAUGAACAAGGUACAGGAUGUAUUGUUGAUUACCUUGUGUUACCUGUUGGUAUAGCAGCUUUGUCUCUGCUCUUAUUUUGGAUGCACCAUUGAUAAUGGAUUUUGUAUUGAAUUAUCAGAAUUGUGAUGGCAGUGUUUCAUUUCACCUGCCCUAAAGAAUAAUACAAAAGGAUGGGGGUGUUUAAUGCAUCAGUGAAUGGAUCUGUGAAGCUGGCACAUGCACACAUUCAUAACUUCUGGUAACAGUAGUUAAAGGAACUUUAUUGAUUCAUCAAGAUACAACCAGUUAAUACCUGAUGUGCACAUUUCCUAUGGUGAAAAAUAUGUGAGAGAGAUGCAGGUUUUGCAGCCACAUUUCUUGCAUUAUUUGCAUAUGAGUAAAAAAACAAAAUCUUGACCAGUCAUGAGGUUACUUGUUAAAAAUUAAAAAUUUCAAAAUUGGUCUUUAUUCUCUCAUCUGUAUCACAGAGCUUGUAAACUAUAGCAAAUGAGUGUAAAUAUGUUUGGGCAAGUUUUGCAAGGAAAUACCUAAUAUGUGUGUGUGAGGCACCUGAAGACAUUGAUAUGUAGCCAGAUAGAUUAUAUAGUAGCUACUGGGAAGGAGAGUUGCAUGUAGUACGUAUGCUGAGUGCACAACUUGAGAUGCAGUUGGGAGGCUUGGAAUGUUUGACAGUAAUGAAGACAGUGUGCUCUGCUGGAGGGAGGAGGGGGUUACGCAAUAAUUCCUAAUUCCACAAGUAUACAUAUACCUUGUUAACAUGUCAGGUAAAAUAUUCCUACUCCAAGUUUGAUAUAGCUACUAAAUAUAUCUGUUUGCAUCUUUUAAGUGAUUAGUUAAGGCCAUCAUAUGGAUGAAAUAAAUUUCAGAACUAAAAUAUUUGAUGAUAGUCUAAAAAAAAAAAUAAAACUUAAAAGAUCUAGUCCAAACUGGUACCUCUUACCAGUUAAUAUUUAUUGUGCGAACUAAUGGUGUAUAAUGGCGGUGAGGCUAGUAUUGUGAAGGUGAAAGCUGGCAAGACAGCUGCCACCUAACACAAGAAUAAAACAUCUACUCAGGCUACUUGAUAUUCCAGAUUUACUCCUAUAGUUUGUACAAAUUAUUAUUGUUAUGAAUCCGUGAUUGGUUAACUUGCGAGAGCCAUGUUGAUGCCCACCAAUAUUGUGCCAUCUUGACAAGAAGUGUUAUUGCUGGAACACUCACCAAGGUCCUAAUGAUACCAUAUUUAGUUUGUGGCAAAACAACUCUUGGUUUGUAUUUCCUGUUCCUAAGUAGCCAAUGUGGUGUAAGAUUCAAUAGGUCAAAUAUUUUUGUGAUUCUUAGAAUGUAAAAAUAAUUCCUGGUCUUUUGUUAUUGUUUAUACAGUGAUGCUUUAACAAUAUGAUAUUAGUGUUUUGAA